AUGCUUCCGUCGUUCAUGGCCAAACUGUUUUGGGACAGGAUGAAAGUGGUGGCGGAGGGAGUAGGAGUGGGAGGGGGUGCCGAACACGAGGGAGGAGGCGAGGGGGGGCCACACGUCGUGGCUGAGUACACCUACGAGGAGGAGGAGGAGAUCGAGGAGGAUACAUCGAGGAAAGCUCAGCACGGGGAGGGUGGGGCAGGAGUGCAGCAGCAGGAGGGCGGGGCGGCUGCGCAGGCGGGUGGGGUCGGAGGGCAGCAGCAGGAGGGCGUGGCGGUUGCGCAUGAGUGUCGUCCAGGACAGGCGUCGAAGAGCACGCUGAAGCAGUGCGACGACGCCGUCAACGGUGUCACGGAGGAGAGGAAACUGUUGGAAGGGGCGCGCACGAAGCUCGACGAGAUGAGCGGGAAAAUCAUCGAGGGGGUGGCAGCCGCUAUCGCAAAAGCGAGCGAGGACGCCGUCGAGAAGCAGCUCAAGCUUGUCGAGGAGCGAAUGGUUGCUUCGGUCGUGCAGGGUAUUGAGAAAGCCGUCCAGGAGGACUUGUUCUACUCCGCUAUCCCGCCCGAGAGCAUGAAGGUGAUGAAGGACGUUGUGAAAGCAGGCUACAAAGAAGCUGAAGCUGGCAGAUUGGAAGUCCUCACCGAAGCGAUGGCGAGAGGGUUUUGGGGCUCGGCGGGCCCGUCGACGAGGUCGCGUCAGGAGGAGGGGGUGGCUGGUGUUCGCAGCGGGGGUGAGCGUCGAGUUCAGGAGCGGUCGAUUCCUCCUUCUUCUUCGGUGGGAGGACAUGUCGGCAGCCCGGUACCAUCCCCACCGUCGCGUGCCCGUCAUCCCGUCGGCAAGUCCGUGGAGGCCAACGAGGUCAUUGUACUCGAUCAGUCGCCCCUUCAGAAGACCUCCGAAGCGGCAGCGAAGCCUCCGCCUGAUGCUUUUGCUCCGCUGCGGGACAUGCUUUCGGGCCUUGGGAAAAAGGGUGAGAAAGGAUUGGUUGCGGGGGAAAAAAGUGGCGGCCCUAUCGAGUCCGUCGCCUCAGCCGGGAAAGGAGCGAAGGAGGCAUGGGGUGCUCCCAGCCAGGUCGUCGUCGCUGGUGGGUUGCUGUCGAAGACAACGGCCGACACUGCUGCUCAGGUCGGUGUUCCUGGUCGUCUUGUCGAGCCAGUGGGAAAGAGGGCAUUUUCCUCUGCCCUUCCCGCGGCUCAUGUCGCUGCUCCCGUCCUAGGCACCGUCCGCCUUAGCGAACCGCAUUCCCCUCCUCUUGGUCCUGCUCCUGCGUCAAAGAAAAGGCAGGCUGUGACGAAGCCGUCGAAGCGAGCUGCAGAGAGCGGUGACUUGGUGGAGAUGGGCAGCCUCCAUGGCCAAGCUCCUGUCGAGACGGCGUCUACCGUCGUUGCUGCUCGACACGAGAAGGCGAAGAAGUCGAAGGUGCUCGACUACGCCCCACCACCUCCGCCGGACGACCAGGGCAAGACGUACCGCGCCAAAGCUCCCUUCAAAGGACCAGACAUGAUGGUGCGGAAGGGGAAGUUCGUUUCCGAGCAGACCGUCGGCGGGAGGAAGCGGUUCCUGGGCACUUUUGAAACGGAGGAGGACCAAAAGUUCUGUACGGCCAUCUGCUGGCGCGUGUACUUCCCCGACAUUGACCUUCAGAAGUACGACAAGUUCACGGCGGAGGAUGAGAAGCAGUGGAAGGUCUAUCUCGAUGCAGCCGCUGGUAUGGCCACCGGCGUUUGGAGCGUGGCGCAAGAACAAGGGGAAUGUCGCUUCGAAGAGUGA